CUUCUCUGUAUCUCGUAGAGUAGAGUCCUAGAGUCGUAGAUUUCUAGUUCAAUAAAACGUCUGCAAUAAAUUUGUUUUGGUACACUUCUCAUCUUCUUCCUCAGUCCAAAACGUCAACAAGAUCUCUCUUUCUCUCUCUCUCUCUCUCUCUUUCUCCCUCUGGUGGUGUAUGUAUGUGAAGAAAGAAGAAACAGGUAGGAAAGAGGGAUUUGUAGAGAGGUCAGUAAUGGGUAAGACAUCUGUAAUCAUCUACAUAACAGUAGCUCUGCUGCUUCUCUUCCUCAUCUCUUACUCUCCCAAAAGAUCCCCAAGCCACCACCACGGCCGCCUCAAGCUCCGCUCAACCUUCACAUUCUCCAACAGUGGUGGCGACAGACACCACGAUCCCAUCGCAUUUGACCCACUUAUCGCUGAAAUGGAACGCCGCCGCGAGGAUAAAGAAUGGGAAAGAAAAUAUUUCGAGCAUGCCCACAAGGAAUUUGUGGAAGCUCCAGGUGAGGAGUCGCAACCCGAGUGGGAGGAUUUCAUGAACGCUGAGGAUUACUUGAACGACGACGAGAGAUUUAAUAUCACGAAUAGGUUGGUUUUGCUGUUUCCGAAGAUUGAUAUCGAUCCGGUUGAUGGGUUUGUGACGGAAAGCGAGUUGACGGAAUGGAAUUUGAGGCAGUCAGAGAAGGAGGUAAUGCAUCGGUCAGAGAGGGAGAUAGAAGUUCAUGAUAAGAAUCAUGAUGGGUUUGUUUCUUUUGCUGAGUAUGAACCCCCCACUUGGGUGCGGAAAUCAGAUAAUAAUUCGUUUGGUUAUGAUAUGGGUUGGUGGAAGGAGGAACAUUUCAAUGCCUCAGAUGCUGAUGGUGAUGGUCUUCUGAAUCGGACAGAAUUCAAUGACUUCCUGCACCCAGCUGACAGCAAUAGCCCGAAACUUCUUAAGUGGCUGUGUCAAGAGGAAAUAAGGGAGAGAGACACUGACAAAGAUGGGAAGAUAAACUUUAAGGAAUUCUUUCAUGGUCUGUUUGAUUUGGUAAGAAACUAUGAUGAAGAAGAUCACAACUCCUCGCAUCACUCUGAUGAUUCAAUGGAAGCACCAGCCAAACAGUUGUUUGCUCAACUUGACCAGAAUAAUGAUCAGCAUUUGUCAGAAGAUGAACUGCUACCUAUAAUCGGAAAACUCCAUCCAUCAGAACGUUACUAUGCAAAACAACAAGCAGAUUACAUCAUAUCACAGGCAGAUACAAAUAAAGAUGGGCGCCUGUCCUUGGAAGAGAUGAUUGAAAGCCCAUAUGUAUUUUAUAGUGCUAUUUUCAAUGAUGAAGAUGAAUAUGAUUACCAUGAUGAGUUUCGUUAAUUUUUAUUCUAGGAUCUCAGACCAGUUGGAGGAUACUGGUAGACAGUUACAAUUCAAAAUUUUCUCAGGAGUUGUGUAGAAUAAGAAGAAAGAGCUUUUUAACAACCUUUUCAUUGUCAGUGUUGCAUUCCCUGAAUUGCUCGAUAUGCAAUUUACAUUGGAUUGAUAGUUGGGGGCUUUCAAAAAGCAGUUGGAUAUUAGUUUAGUCUGACACUUCUCUUUUUAGUUUUAUCAGCUUGUGGCCAUUUUUCUUUGUGAUAUUUACAUGCAUAUCAUUGAAUCAGUAUAUAUGUACCAGUACAUUUCUAAUCAUAUUUUCGAUCAGUGAUGUCAAAAAUGAUAAGAAAUUUAGUUAGUCUUAAAAUUCUCUUUUUAGUUUUA